GCCGGUUUGGAUUCAAUUCAGAUUCUCAAUUGAGAAUCGUAAAAUUCUAUCCAUUUUUCCCCUUUAAAGUCUUCUCUUCAUCGCUCACUACACUUCACCAACAACAGCGUUGAAAUUUAGAGGGAGAGAGAGAAAAAGAGAUCUGUCCCUCUUUUUCCAGGCAAGCUGAAAGCAAUGGCGGUAACGAUGAAGCAAAUGGCUCUUAUAGUAGCAUUCCUUGGGGUGCUCUCCUUCAUUCUUGGGGUUGUUGCUGAAAACAAAAAGCCUCCCUCUGGAACCCCGAUAACAGGGAAGGGUGUUGUCAUCUGCAAAUACCCGUCCGAUCCAUCUGUGGCGUUGGGAUAUUCAUCCUUUGCAUUCCUUGUUAUCUGCGUGGUUGCUGGCUGGUAUUCUCUUUUUUACCCCUACAAAGGGAAGCAUGUUCCUAAGGAGGCAUUAUUCCAAAACACAGGCUUCCUUGUCUUCUUCGGUGUGGCACUGUCGACGGCUGCAUUAGCUGUGGUGAUGUUGUUGUGGCCUACAAUCACAGAGCACCUUCACCACACUAACAAUGUUCAUCACAAUUUGGAAACCUCGUGCCCUACGGCCAAGACUGGACUUCUCGGUGGAGGAGCUUUUCUAUCCCUCGACGCGUGCCUCUUCUGGUUGGUCGCAUUGAUGUUGGUAGACAACGCUCGUGCUGAUUACUUUGAUGAAUCAGAUGGCAAGGCUGCAGGGGAUUAUGAAGCUGAGCCAAUCAAGGGCAGUGCUUGAAAGCUAGCAAUUCAUAACCUCAAACCUUAGUUUAUUCUACUUACCUCACUAUUGUCCUUUCCUUUUAUUUUCUUGCUAAUGGAUAUAUACAAAAACUCUCUCUGCUAUGUAAGUAUUCACUCCGUUGGUUCACGUUACCCUCAUUUAAAAGCUAUUAUUAAAUGGUAAUUUGUGAAUUUAUUA